GAUUCGAGAAAAUACAUUGGUAAGGGGGGCGGAGCUAAACAAACUGGUCUCCUGAAGCGGGCCUAGCAGAGUUAAACAAAACAAACGGACCAAAGCACAAGAUUGAGAUGAAUUAACUUCAUCACAGUGGAGUGGAGUGUGUGUCGAUGGUUUCAUAGAUCACACGUGAAAAGGAAAAAUGAGACUUAGGUCUCAAAAAGCCGUUAACGUCACACCUAGCGUGGAGACGCCGCGGACCAACCGUCGACUGUCCAACAAAGCGACGCCGAGAGAAACUAAGGAUAAUGAGACCUUGGAUAGUGGCUCCCACCACUCAGAUGACGAAAUUCCCAUAAUGACACGGCGACCAAUGCCCCGUAGCCGGCCAAGGAAGAGAGCCAUCGCUGUUGAUGACAGAGAAACUGAUAUGGCAUUCAAGACUCCGAUCAGGUCCAGCAUGCGUCAUGAGCGAAUACUGUCAGAGAUCGACCCAGUAUCUCCUCGCAAUACAACAGCCAGAAACAUCUACUUGCCCAUCGUGCGUUUCCUCACACCCACCAAAGAGAAUGUGAAGUGUGCUGGAAACAAUGUGUUGAUGAGCCCAGAACAAGGCAUGUUUGGUUUUGGCUCCAUUGACCUUCUGGCUGCAGAAGAGGAGGAUGAUAUCUUCAAUCCCUUCACGUUCAUCAAGAACAUACCGUCGCAGUCUCAGCAUUCCCAACCCCAACUCAUAGAUAUUCCCCCCAAGACUAGGAGCACCCCGGAGGCCACGCUGGUGGUCGACCUGGAGGAGACCCUGAUGUUCAGCUCUCUGAAUGUGAUUGAGGAAGCAGAGUACACUUUCCACACAACUUUCCAGGACCAUCAGUACAAGGUCUAUAUGAUCCUACGGCCACAUGUCAAAGAGUUUCUGCAGUCCAUGGCAAAAAUCUAUGAGCUGUUUGUUUACACAUGUGCAAAGAAGGAAUACGCUGAGAAGAUACUAAACAUCCUGGACCCCCAGAGAAAGCUGUUUCGACAUCGCCUGUAUCAGGACGACUGCGCCUGCGUCCUCGGCCACUACAUCAAAGAUCUCAGCAUUCUCGGGAGGGAUGCCGCCAAGACUGUUGUCCUGGACAACGCACCCCACACAUACCCGUACCAUCUGAUGAACACAAUUCCCAUCAAGAGCUGGUCCGGAGAGUCGGAGGACCGAGAACUCCAGAAGCUCGUCCCCUACAUGGAGAAGCUGUCUGCAGCGGAGGAUUUUCGGGAGGUGCUGAAAAAGAGAAAGGACCACUUCCACCGGCUGCUGUCAGAGGACUAACCGGACUCUUCCCCGCCCCCCCAAACCCUCCCUCACGUUAACUACUUUGACUUUAACGGCUCAUGUUUGCUUUCUUUAUGCUUUGGCCAAAAGCAGAAUCGGUAGGAACUAGCUAACCGUUUGUGGCGGACCUGCUCUCCCUCCUUUCUCCUCCCUGAUGAAUUCAAAAGGCGGCACAUCGGUAUUUCAAACAUUCUGCUGGUCGUUCGUCACCAAAACCCGGUUUCUCCUCAAUCCACAGGGCAAUAUCUGCUGCCCAGGCUUUGUUUAUAUUUUUACAAGACAAAACUUGAAAUAUGAUGUUAAUAGUCGUGAUUUUUUUUAUUUAUUGAUUAUAUUGCUAAUUAACUGUUAUCUCUGUAUAUUUUAGAUAUGAGUUAUUUUGUAUGCAAUGAAAUCAUCGAUAAUAAAUCGGAAAAAUAAA